GUUUUUCGAGGAGGGGAAACUUAAUAAUAGAUGAAUUAGUUUAAGGGUAAUCAUAAUAUGAACCUUAUAGUUUACUUUUGUUGAAGUAGUAAAAGAAAGGAAACUCAGGGCUGUGAAUUGGUACUACUUGCUCUUCUAUAAGUUUUGUUGAAUAAUAUAGAAACUCAUGAAAGCUAAAACAUUAGUUUUUGUUUGUUUAAAUGUAAGUGUCAAUACAAUAGAUGUCAACUCUUCUUAUAUUUCUUUUUUCUGGUAAGGCUAACAACCACCAGCAUGCUUUCGAUUACUAAAAGAACUAUCAACUUGAGCUAAAACUACAAGUAAUGGAUAAUCAAAUAAGCUAAUUCUCCAAAUGAAUGAGUCAACAGCCAUACUCUUAGCUAUAAAAACAAGGCACAUUAGUCUCUUACCAUCUCACCCUUCAAUUAACAAAACAUAAUACUUAUCUACUAUAGCCAACAAUGGCAAGUCUUAAGCUAUCCUUGCUUGUCUUUCAUCAACUUCUGCUUGUUCUUUGUGUCUUCGAAAGGGCUACCGCACAAGGCUUGAAACUCGGCUUCUACCAGCGCUCUUGUCCAUCAGCAGAAACUGUCAUUAAAAGGACAACAUCUCAGUACAUCUCUCGAGUUCCAACGCUUGCUGCACCUCUCUUGAGGCUGCAUUUUCAUGAUUGUUUUGUCAGGGGAUGUGAUGGUUCUGUUCUAUUGAACUCAACAAGUAAAAACCAAGCAGAGAAAGCAGCCAUUCCCAAUCUCAGCCUAACAGGAUUUGAUGUCAUUGAUGUUGCGAAAUCCGCAGUAGAAAAGAUAUGCCCUGGUGUUGUUUCAUGUGCUGAUAUCUUGAGUUUGGUUGCUAGAGAUGCUGUAUCCAUGAUUUAUGGACCCUCUUGGGAUGUUCCAACCGGCAGAAGAGAUGGAAAAGUAUCAACAUCUUUGGAGGCUUUAACCAAUUUACCUCCUCCCUUUGCUAACAUAACAAUACUCAAAUCCAUGUUUGCUACAAAGGGUUUAAAUGUUAAAGACCUGGUUGUUUUGUCAGGAGGACACACCAUUGGAAGAUCUGCAUGUGCUGCCUUCAACAACCGAUUGUAUAAUUUCACUGGCAAAGGAGAUGCAGACCCCUCAUUGGAUCCAAACUAUGCUGCAACCUUGAGAAAAAAAUGCGGUCCUACUGAUUUUACCACACGAGUAGAAAUGGACCCCGGCAGCUUCAAAUCAUUCGAUAACGAUUACUACACCAUUGUAGCUAAAAGAAGAGGCUUAUUCCAAUCUGAUGCAGCUCUCCUUGAUGAUCCUAACACGAAGAGCUACGUUAAAGAGCAAGCAACCUCACAAAAACCCUCUUUUGCUAAGGAUUUUGCUGUGUCUAUGGUGAAGAUGGGAAAGAUUGGAGUUCUUACUGGCAAUUCUGGUGAAAUCAGGAAGCAUUGUGCUUUUGUUAAUCAUUGAUCAAUGUGCCAAUGAUUUCUGAUAGCUUUUUUUUUCUUCUUGCUCUUGAAAUAAACAAGUUUGUAUAUUGUAUAAUAUUUGAUGCUGUAAAGUAAAAUUGCAGCCACAAUGGGUUGCAGGUGGUAAUAUUUAUUGCCUUGUUCGACAAUAAUCUGCUUUUACCAUAUUGUGAUUUAGUUUUAUGAGAUUGAAUCAAAAUUCGACGGUCACUCUUUAAGUUAGUACGGAAGAAGGCCGGAAUAAAAAAAGUUCUCUAUCGUAGGACAAUGUUACUAAAACUUAUUUUAAAAACAUGUCACAUUAUAACUACUGGAAACAACAACAUCUUGUUCGAAUCAACUUCUGUAAUUUUGUUUUUCAUUUACUAAUCAAGUUAUAACUUAAAAUAUAAUAUUUUAAUGUGUUUAUUAUAAAUAAAGUAAUAAUUUUG